AUGUCAGGUUUGAAUACUGUAGUACAUUUAUGCAAAGAAGUAUUUGAUGAAAAAAGUGAACCAACACAAAUCGAGAUUGAAGAACAUGCGUCACGAUUAGGAAUAGACAUAGUGAAAGAGAUACAUCUUUUGAGUAUUGCUAAACAAUGUUUACUUGAACCAUUGCCUUCCAAUUGGUUUCCUUGUUAUAUCGAAAAAGAAAAUAAGUAUUUUUACUAUAAUAAACAAAGUAAAAUAUCUCAAUGGGAACAUCCUGUAGAUGAAUAUUACAGACAGAUAGUCGAAAAAACACGUUCAGAAGAUUCGUCAACUGGUCAAGACAUAUCAUUAAACGUAAUACUAGACGAAGACAAUUUUCUCGACACUAUUAUGUACAAUCAUACAAGAAAUAGUAACUAUGAAAAAAAGGCGGUUGCUGAAAAACGAACCGUACGCUUUAAAACUCCUAUAGAAGAGUCAUUAGAUUUUGAUAAUUCCGAAGACAAUAUGAAGUUUUUAGGACCAAUAAAGUUAAACACACCUUUUACAAAUACAUCAUCUACUUUACAUAAUUUACCUCAAUUUUCAACAAAUAAUACUUUUGAUCAAAGAAAUACAGCUAGUCGAAGUGUACUUUCCAAGUACAAUAUAUUACCAAGCAAAGAUGAAUUGUCCAGAAAGUCUGAAUUAGGUGAAAACAAUAAAAAGUCAAACGAUGAUGAACCAUCUAUGAAUUUGGAUUAUAAUACAGGAAAAGAAAAUUUAAGAAAAAUUGAUAUAACUUUAACGGAAUCUUCUGAUCGAUCAGAAAGUACUUCAUCUGAAAUCCAAACUGACAAUUUGAACAGCGACUACGAAGGGGCCGACCAAAAAGAAAAAGAUAAUAUUGUAACAACAGUUGAAUUAAAUAAACACCACGAGAGAAUCGAUGCUUUCAAUGAUGAUAGGAAAUCUGCAAUCGAUCAUUUCAAUAAAUUUCAAUCAACAGGAACUACAAAAUUGUAUAAUGCUAAAAAGGAUGAUUUGGUUAGUGACAGUGGAAAUUCUACAGCAAAAGAUUCGAAAAUAAUACAAUCAUCAGUAGCUUCUAGUAGUUUUUCUGCAACUAAAAGUAAAAUGGAAGAGAUAACCCAACGAUUUCCACUCAAUCAAUUUUCAAAUGAAACAAAAUUAUUCAAGAGAAAACCAAUAGAAAGUGAUGAAGGUAUUUUUGACGUAAAGUCUAAUUGCAUAAAAACUAAAGUUGAAUCAGAAAACAAUUUGAAAAACGAGAAACCAAUAUUAUUGGAUGAUGCACGUAUUCAAGUUAUAGUUGAAAAGCAUUGCGAUUUAAUGAAAAAUAAAUUAGAAGAUACAGUUAAAACAAACCAAAACAUCUUAAAGGAAGAAUUGAUUAAAAAGAUUGAUGACUUUAUUCAUACACAAAAUGAUAAUUUUGAAAAACAGAUUGAAGAACGACACAAUGAGCUUUUUACUAAAAAUGAAUUACAAUUUAAAGACAUACUAAAAAAUGUGCAAGAAAAUACUGGAAAGGCCUCAAUUGAAGAAUAUGAUAAGAAAUAUAUUCAAAAUGUUUCAAAUAUUGAACAAAUGUAUGCAGAACAUUUACAAAAAUUUAAAAAAGAUUUAGAGGACUAUACAGAUUUAUUUAAACAUAAAAUACAGUCGGAACUUGAUGAAAUAUCGAACGAAUUAAAAAAGAAUUUCUCUAAAAAUACCGAAGUAAUAACCAAUGGUUGGAACCAAACAUUAGGAUCAUACAAAAACGUCGAGUUGGAAAACGUAAAACAUAAGUUUAAACAAACUACAGAAAAUAUUAAACUUGAUAUGGAGGAGGAAAUACGGCAGUUUCAUAUAAAAUUCCAAGAAAAACUCAAAGUUUUAUCCGAAGAUAAAUUAAAUAGUGUUGCUGAACAAUUAGAUGUAGCUUUGCGAGAAGAAAUUAAUUUAGUUAAACAACGUGUCAACGAAAAUUCCGAAUAUGAAAUAAAUAAUAAAACUACGAAACAUAAAACACAAUCAAAAUUAUACAAUGAUUGUUUAGAUCGUGCAGGAUUGAAUUUAGAGUGUCAAACUGAAGGUUCUUAUAGUGUUAAUUAUAAAGACAUAAGAAAAAAAAUUCAACACUGUUCGAAUGAAUUAAACGAUGCUCUAAAAUUAGUUGACGUAAUAUCAUCAACAAAUGAAAACACUGCAAGAGAACAGUACUCGAAUUUAUGCCCAAACAAAUGUUCAGUUUCGUGUCAAACCGAGAAUAUAACUAAUACAUAUAAAACACCAAUUCUAAAAGAAUAUGCGUAUCCUGGUGAGUCGUCAACGUGCUUACAAGAUGUUAACAUAAAAUACGCUAAUUAUUUGGGUCAAGCAAAGAUGUCCGAAGAUCUAUGUUCCAACUACUUAACAUCAUAUUCUCAACAACUUAAUUACAGCCCAUUAGAUAUUUUAAGCCAGCAAGAAUUAAAAGUGAAGGCUGCAGAACAAAAUAUAUGUCGUUUAAUCGAUAAAUUCAACAAUUUCAAGCACGAAAAUGUCAUCAAUCAUAUUCCUAAUAAUACUAAUAUUUCUGAUGAAUACAAGUUUACCAAUAUUUAUCAAGCUCUAACACCAAAACAAAUAGCAUACAAUCGGACGAAACAUUUAAGAGAAUGGCUUUACAACACAGACUUGAAAAAUAAAAAUAAUUGA